AUGCGACUUAGUAGAGCUCCGUCACCAGAGUGGUGGUGGGCAGAGCUGCGUGGGGUCACAGGUCAUGUUACUAUGGCCAGCUACCUGCACCAGGAUGCUGCUGCUUAGGAAGAGGAGGAGGAGGGGGAGGACCAAUGGCAAGAUAAAGAGUAUUUUGGCAUUUAUGGGAAACUGCAUGGCGUGUACAUUGUCUCAGUGUGUCUGUAUGCUGUGGAGACCAGCUCCAUGACAGAGUACACCAGACAGCUGGUGAAGCAGAACGGCUGUGAGGAGGUGUUCACGGUGCUCCAGGGACGAGCUGAGGAGAUCGAGCUACAUGAGCAGGCGGACGUCCUGGUGUCUGAGUGGAUGGGAAACUGCCUGCUGUUUGAGUUCAUGGUGGAGUCAGUACUGCUGGCCAGGGACUGCUGGCUGAAAGAAGGCAGCGUCAUGUGGCCCUCAUCUGCAGCCCUCUCCCUAGUGCCAUGUCCGGCCAACAGCUAUUAUGCAGAGAAGAAGGCCUUCUGGGAGCAGCCUUGUGGCCUGGACUUAACUCCUCUUCAGUACGGCAGCAGACGCCACAGUUCAGAUUGUUGGGGCCACUCUGAGGCUGGUUCAGUGCCGGUGCUGACGCUGUCGAACAUGUGCCAGGAGCCCGGCCUUCUGCGUGAACGACUUGUCACAAUAGGUGCACUUGAAGGGCUUUUCACCUGUGUGGAGACGCUGGUGGGAGGCCUGAUGGAAGUACUUGCCACAGGUGCUACAUUUGAACUUCCUUUCUUUGUUGUGAGAGGCGAGGUGAAGGGUCAAGUGGGUGGAGGAGAUGAAGGUUUUGGAGCACAGGCUGCAGCUGUGAGGGUCCAGGCGUUGGCGGCGGCGCCCAUUAGGGAGACGUCGGCCAUUAGGGAGACGGCUGCCCGCCUGGCAGGCUGGACAUUUGGAAGCCCACACACUGGAAGCAGACUGGUCUGGAGACGCCACAUGACAGUUAUGCACUGGAGCAUUCACAGCAGCACAGAGGAAACAGACAACUGCCAGGCACACAUUUAA